AUGAAGCCCGUGCAAUCGUCGGUUCUGCAUGGGAGCAGACGGAUACACAUACCAUGGAUGCUACAGCGAGUACCGGCAGGCCAGAGGAACCUAGCAACACAAGUCGAACACUCCACAGCCUUCCCUGACGAAAAGCAAAAAGACAGAGGUAAGGGGCGGGUGGUCAUCCUCGGGUCCGGCUGGGGAGGCUACAGUCUCUCCCGGCGGCUAUCGCCCACCAAGUUCGCGCCGCUGAUCAUCUCGCCGCGGUCGUACUUUGUCUUCACGCCGCUGCUGACCGACGCGGCGGGCGGCUCGCUCGACUUCUCGAACAUCGUGGAGCCCGUGCGGGAUCCCAGGGCGCGCGUGGAUUUCAUCCAAGCGGCGGCGCGCGCGGUCGAUUUCGCCCGCAAGACGGUCCUCUGCGAGGCGACGGUCGUCAAGAGCGGCGUGACGGAGUCGCCGCGGACGGGCGAGGCAGAGGGGGAGGCCGCCGGCGCCACGAGCAGACGAGGGUGGGAAACGGGCGAGACGUUCUCGAUCCCCUACGACAAGCUGGUCAUCGCCGUGGGGACCGUCACGCGGACGUUCAAGACCCCCGGGGUCCGCGAGAACGCGCUCUUCUUCAAGGACAUUGGGGACGCGCGGCGGGUGAAGCGGCGGGUGCGCGAGUGCUUUGAGCUGGCGGUGCUGCCGACGACGUCGCCGGCGAUGAGGAAGUGGCUGCUGCACUUUGCGAUCGUGGGGGCCGGGCCGACAGGGACGGAGCUCGCGGCGUCGCUGCGCGAUUUCAUCUCCCGCGAUCUCAUGCGGCUGUAUCCCGGCCUGAACGGGAUCCCGCGCAUCUCGCUGUACGAUGUUGCGCCGACGGUGCUGUCGAUGUUUGAUGAGCGGCUGGCGCAGUAUGCGAUGGAGACGAUGAAGAAGGAAGGGAUCACGAUCAAGACGUCGCAUCAUGUGGAGGGUCUGCGAUGGGGGGAGCCGGGCGCGGAGCCGCCGUACGAGAUGGAUCCGAAGCGGUGCCUGACGCUCACCACCAAGGAGGAAGGGGAGGUGGGCGUGGGCAUGUGCGUGUGGGUGACGGGCAACGCGAUGAACGAGUUUGUCCGCCACUCGUUGGAGGAGGUCGAGGGCUUUCCUUCGGCUUCGGCGGUGAUCACGCAGGGCAAGAAGACCGAAACACGCGAGGAUGCCUCCUGGAAGGUCAAAAAAGGCCCGACCGGCGCCCUGCUCGUCGACGGCCGGCUCCGCGUGCAACUAGCGAGUACCAACGGACAGACAGCCAUCCUCCGAGACGUCUUUGCCCUCGGCGACAACGCCAUGCCCGAGACGGGGGCGCCCCCGGCGACGGCGCAGGCGACCUUCCAGGAAGCCAAAUGGCUGGCGGCGCGGUUGAACGCGGACGAUAUCGAGCAGGCGCCGCCGUUCUCCUUCCGGAACAUGGGCACGCUGGCGUACAUCGGAGAUGCGAGGGCGCUGAUGCAGCUGCCGCAUGAGGACGGACAGCGCUACAAGUAUCUCCCGCAAGGACUGACGGGGCGCAUGGCGUGGCUUGUCUGGAACUCGGCGUAUCUGACGAUGAGUAUUAGCUGGCGGAAUCGGCUGCGGGUGGCGUUUCGGUGGUUGCUGAACAAUUUGUUUGGCCGGGAUGUAUCUAGAUAUUGA